GAUGUCUGAGGAACAUCUCUUUGAACCCUCUGGAGCCUUGCCUUUAACAAAAAGAAAGAAAGAAAAUCAAGAUUUGUGUCUACCUGCUGUGGAGAAGUUAGCUUUGCUUUCAGUGUGGGGAUUUUAUUUAAAAUCAGCCAGCUUUGCUAUUGGAAAUCUUGAGUGCGACAAGAAGAGGCUAUGUCUUCCCAAGAGCUGACAACUGAGGAUCUCACUAGCAACUUUGAUUAUUAUGAUAACUGGUACAUGGAUGGACCAAUCGGAGACCAAGAUGACAUGACCCCGGAGGUUAUCCCUGACUGCUAUCCUACCAUCCCUUAUGAUAUCUACCAUGCCUGCAUGGCUCCCAUCUCGCUGGUCAUUUUGCUGAUUCUGUCUUUGAUGGUGAAACGAAAGAAACUGUACCAAAGUUGUUGGAAUGGAGCUCCUGGGCUAUUGAGCCCCAUUCACUUCUUGGAAGAAGAGGGAAACAGGGGACUGGCCAUUGCCGUCUUUGGCAUCCUUUUCUCCUCCUUAUGUGUGCUGGUUUUGGACAAUGAUCCCCUGCCUUUCAUCUCGAACUCCUCCACACAAUAUCGAGAAUACUGGAAGAUCAUGGCUUUGCUCUAUUACCCUGCCUUCUACUAUCCUUUAGUUGCAUGUGCUACAGUCCGACACAGAGUUGGGUAUCUCUUUGGCUGUUUGCUGUCCUGGUGCCAUUGUGUGGUCUAUCUCUGGCAGAAGGUGGAAUGCCCUCAGUCGUCCAAGAUUUACAGAUACUACUCCCUGCUUUCUUACCUCCCUAUCAUUUUGUGCCUCCUGUUUCUGAGUCUUUGGUAUCCAAUGCAACUUGUCAAGAGCUUCAGACAGAAAGAGAAGACAGCUGUGGAUGAGGGACCUUGGAGUGACUGUUGCAAAGGCUACCUGAGGAAUAUCUUAGCAAAACGCGCACCCAAGAGAAGUAGCAGUAUAGCCAAACCAAGCAUCCGUUCCAGGGUCCAGGCAUACUUACGCUCUUACAUCUACACACCUCAGGAAGACUUCCAGCUCCCUCUGAAACUAGUCCUCUCCUUAGCCAUGGCUGUGAUUGCUGUCUACCAGGUGGCCCUUCUGCUCCUGGUGGCAUUUGUCCCCAACAUCCAAAUUGUAAGGUCUGGAAUGACGAAAGAGCUGACAGCUCUCUUUGUCCAGUUUGGGCUUGUCCCUUCUGAAAAUCCUGCAGGUAUCCCUGGAGACAAAGAGCUGGCAACCGCGAAGCACUACAUCUGGUCAGUAGAAGUGUGCUUUGUUGCCUCCUUGGUCAUCUCCUGUCUCUUGACUUUCUGCAUGUUGAUGAAGGCACUGGUGAAGCACAGGAUUAAUCUUCAGCGUCUGUACCGUGGGGCAAUCCUAGAUGUUUUCCAUCGUCCCCGCAAACUCCAGGCUUCCCAGCAAGCUCUGGUGUGCUGGAUGUGUUUUGCUGGCUUCCAGACAGCAUUUUCCUGCUUGGGUCUUCUCAUCCAGCACAUUGUCUUCUUUGUCUGCGCCUUGGGCUUCACGUUUCUGGUGGCCAUCCCCCUGCAAUCCGGCACCAAUGUGCAUCUCUUUAAAAUUGUGGAGAACAUGUGGCCCUUCUGGUUGACCUUGGUGGUCGCUGUGAUUGUGCAGAAUCUUUUGACUCACUACUACUUUCUGGAGCGUGGCCAUCUACCAAAGGAGCUGAACAACAGGCGUGCUUUGUAUAUUGUGACAUAUCUGCUCUUCCCGAUCAAUGUGCUUGUGGGGGUCUUGGCUGGAGUCUGGAGGCUGGUUGUAUCGGCGCUUUACAAUGUUGUCCACUUCUGUCGCCUGGAUGUGAGUCUUCUGGGCCACGGCGUUGAGGUCUUUGAUCCAGGCUAUCGCACAUAUUGUUACUAUUUGAAAAUUGAGGUCAGCCAGUCCCACCCGGUGAUGAAAGCCUUUUGCUUGUUGCUCCUCCAACGGCACGACUCCCAAGGGCCAAAAUCUCUCCAGUUGAGAGAGAUGGAAGAAGGGGUCAAGCUCAUGAAGACCAAGGAGCAGGCCUCAAAAACAGCCAAGUGCCAGCAGAACCGUGCUCGGUGGGGCCUGGCGUACACUCUCCACAACAACCCCUCUCUUGUGUCCUACCGGAAGGGAGCACUUCCAAAUGUGACAGCCAAUGGGAUGAAAACCAACCUUGUUGCAAACGCUUGAAAGCACAAGCCUUAUUGGAAACAAUGGACUUCAUCACUGGGAAGAAGAAGAUGUGUGUGUUUCUUCAUGCUCCCAUCCUUGUCUUCCUCUUUCCCAUUGGUGCCCUGCUCUUCUAUGCACCUUCUUUGGUCUUACCAAAAGGCUGCAGCCUACUUGCCUGGAAAAUAUAGUGUUUCCCCUUAACAAGGGCAGCAGAUGAAGUGGACUUCCCAUGGCAUGGAGCAAAGGCAAAAGCAGAUCCCUGAGUUGGCCCAAAGGCAACAUUUUUUGUCUUCUUGCUUUUUCAACAAGUGUCUCUCUCUCUCUUUCUUUCUUUGUCUUUUUCAUUGUAGUGCAUAUGAGAUCCGGGCCAGUGCUGGUCUGGAGAAUUUUUAAGUUGCUAGUUGUCUUGGAGUGAAACCUGUUUCCUAAAUCUUGAUGGCUUGGUUUUACGAGGCAAGAAAGAAAUGAUGAGGAGGACCAUCCUGGUUUACUGCCAUCAGGAAUAUAGACACCGGAACCAAAAUAAAGGUGGGGAUACCUGAAGGAUUUGGAAAUGUGGACAGUUGGGUUGUUUAGAGGCAUGUAAUGUCAGAGAAAAUGUUUCAUCGACAGACGGUCUGUCUAUCAUCUGUUUGUUUUGCAUUUUGAACUCCAGGGUAGGCAUUUGGGUUCUGCCCACAUGUUUAAUAAGACUGACUCUAUUUUUCAAAAUGGUUGAAAGAGUGAAUUGUAAACAUAGUGAGCCAGACGGUGAAACUUUCAAAUGGAGGGUUGGGGAAGCUAUUUAAAUAUGUUUCAAUCUUCAGCUAUUGAUUAAACUUGAUAUGGACCGAUUCCUCAUGGGGAAUGCCCAAGUAUUCUCAUGAGUUUCCCAUGGAGCUUGGAAAUGUUAAUUUCUGGUGCUACAAUUCUCACAGUCCCUCCAAAUAGCAGUAUUAGCAGCCAUGAUGGCUUGGGGAUUCUGAGAGCUGUAAUCCAAAAAAAGUAAUUUUCACCGGCUCCCGAUUCUUAUGCACCUUUUCUGCUAAGAGAGUUGUGUGCAAUUUUGUUUUGUUUUUCCAUUUGGCACCCACACUCCUCUGGAUACAUGUCUUGUUGCCUUCUUUUUGACUUUUUCUCAUAACCUGGGAGUGCCUCCUCUCCCUUUUCUUAAACAGUUCUUUGGUAGUAGGAGCUGAGGAGGUAAGCUCCAGAACCAGCUAAACUAAAGCAAUUGUAGAAUGCAGAGAGUUGAUCUCUUCUGGUGGAAAUAAUAAAUGAA